GUAAAAAAAGCAAAACAAAAUCGUCCAACUCCAUAAACAGUUGUGGGAGGGUGAAAUGGAAAUGUCUAACUUUGGUAAAUUUCGCAAAAUUUGGCUCUGAGUCGGAACCAUGAACGACUUCAUGUCCGACUUAACAACACCGAAUAUAAAGCUGAAAUGGGCCGACCACCUGAACAGCUCCUGGGCGAGCGAAAACUGUGACACAAUCGCCACCAGGGAGGGCAUCCACUUACUCUACGAAAGAUUGGUUGCCAACAAGGAAAUUGUGGUUUCGGCACCAGCAAACUCCACAAAUCCAGGACCUGCUUUUCCUGAGUUUGAUACACAGGAAAAUUUGACCAGUGAUGAUUUGGAAAGUCACAUACUGAGCCUGCUUGCUGCCCAACGAGAUCUUGCCCAGUCGAUAUGCUCCGAGUCACCAUUCGCAUCAAUCUUGAGGCAAAGGUUGACUAUGCUGAGAAGAAUGUUUCAUGCCAUUGUGUCAAAAUACCAUGAAGCUCCUAGAACGCAAGUCAUUCAUUGCAGCCAGGAUAAUGAACAAGCCAGUGGCUCUGUGGAAGUUUCUCAGGAAAAAACAAACUCUGGAUCUUCAGCUCUUGUUGAACUUGGCGUCACCACAGGGCUCAGUUUGCUGUUCUCUUUGUUACAACUAAACUGGAGAUCGAGUUCAGCAGAGGGGGCUCCUGAGAUGUGCAGUGAAGUGCUGCGAACAGCUUGCACCGUGGUUCGAGCUCUGCAACCCCUGUCGUUGGCCAACGAGUCUCAGAUCCCUCCCCUUGGCCUCAAAGCUCUGAGGGACAUUUCCAGUUUUCUACGAAAAACGUCCUUGCCAUCAUCAGGAGCUGAUUUUACAGGAAGACAUCUGUCAGCUGAGUUGCUGCUGGGAUUGGCAUUGCAGAGAGGAUCGCUCUGCUACCUCUUGGAAUGGGUCCAAAUGGCCAUUCAAGCAUCUGUGAUCGGACAAAAGGAAGCGCUGAUUCCCUCUCUGAGUUUCUUGGACUGGCUGAGUCAAAUGCAGGGAGGUUCACAUUCAAGUCACGAAAGUUUCCAAGGAGACCCCAGGGGGUUCAUUCCCCUUUACCAAGCGGCCCUUUGCUUGAUGGGCAAGCUUGUGGCUUUGGCUAGUGAGCACAUGCACUUUGGAUUGUGCAGUUCGGAUAGUAAAAGUGAAACCAGCAAAAUUCCUUUGGAACAAAAUGCUGUCAAGAGCUGUGAUGUGUACGUGUGGGGAAGUAAUUCAUCUCACCAGCUGGCAGAGACUUCGCCAGAGAAAAUAUUUAUACCUCAGCUUGCAACUACGUUCAGCAACGUCCAACAGGUUGAAGCUGGUCAGUAUUGCACAUUUGUAGUCCACAAUAAUGGCGCUGUAAGUGCCUGCGGAAAAGGAACGUACGGCCGCCUAGGCCUGGGAGACUCGUCAAACCACACUCAGCUCAAGAUUCUGGCUUUGGAUUCGAAAGUGAAGUGUUUGUCCUCCUCUAAAGGCAGUGACGGGCACUCCAUUGCUUUAACUGAGGAUGGCAUGGUCUACAGUUGGGGAGACGGUGACUACGGAAAACUCGGGCACGGAAAUUGUGCAACGCAGAAGUUUCCGAGACUCGUCACAGGUGCCCUCUCAGGAAAAGUGGUUGUAGCUGUGCAUGCAGGCUACCGGCACAGCGCAGCAGUCACUGAGGAUGGAGAGCUCUACACCUGGGGUGAAGGCGAUUACGGGAGACUAGGUCACGGUGACAGUGUUGGUCGCAACAUGCCAACGCUGGUGCGAGAUAUUGCCGGAGUUGGUGGGGUAGCGUGUGGCAGCGCUCACACUUUGGCAGUGUCUAUGGAUGGGAAAACUGUCUGGUCAUUUGGAGGAGGGGACAACGGGAAACUGGGCCAUGGCGACACUUCUCAGGUUUACAGACCAAAGGUGAUCGAAGCACUGCAAGGCUUGUACAUCAGAAAAGUUGCUGCUGGCAGCACUUUUUCACUAGCAUUGACCUCUAAUGGACAAGUCUGGGUUUGGGGAAGCGGUCCUUGCUUGGCAAGUGGAAAAGUUGAUGCGAUAUACCUCCUUCCUAGGUUAAUUGACGAUUUAGUACAAAUGCGAGUUGUCGAUGUGGCUGCAGGAGACACUCACUGCUUGUCUUUGACUCACGAUAAUGAGGUGUACGCCUGGGGCAACAAUGUCACAGGACAAUGUGGUCUUGGUCACUCAACUUCCCCAAUAACCAGACCAAGGAAAGUGAUAGGAAUUGAAAGCGUUCCGAUACACCAGAUUUCGGCUGGAACAUCUCACAGUGUUGCUUGGACUGCCCUGCCUUCUGGAAGACAGGUUGUCACUUGGCACCGCCCUUUUUGUGUUGACCUACAGGAGAAAACGUUUGAAUACUUAAGGAUCUUCUUGGAGCAAUAUUGUGAUGGCUUUGAAAGCGCAAAACCACCUCAGCCAUUCAAUUCUGUCGAAGAACACCACCGAUUUGUCCACCACUGCUUGAAGCUGCUUUGCACACACCUUUCACUUUCGUUGGCCGGAGGUCUAGGGUCGUCUGUGUUGGGCAUGCAGUCUCAGCCCUUGCGCCAGCUUCUCUUCAGACUUGUAGACAUGGCUGCUCCAAACGCAGUGCAGCAAGCUGUCCAAGAAACGUUAUCAAUUGGGGCUCCAAUGCUUCUGCCACCUCUAAAGGAAAGGGUAGAUUUGCUCCUGAGUCUGCUUCCACAAAGCCAUAAGCUAUCAAAGGGCCAGAAACUGCUUCUAAACAUCGUUCUUGCGAGUCUGGAAGACCACUUGCACGUUUCUGCACUUCUUGGAUGUAAUGUGGACAAGUUUGAAGAUGGAAAUCCCACAGAUGUGUAUUUGACUAAACAGCUCAUCAAAACUUUACUCAAAACCCUCAGCUUUCAAACCGAUGGAUGUUUGGAUGAAGUUGAAAGUGGCACAGAAUUUGACUAUGGGAAAGAAGAGCUUUCCAAAUCCCAUGUGAAUGAACUGUUGUCAGCACUGCAAACCCACCUUUUGGCACGAUGCAAUUUUGAAGACGUCCAGAAAGAAGGAUCGUCAAAUAUUACUCAAGAGAAAAGCAUUGCUUAUGAAAUCCUCACAGAGCACUUGGAAGAUAUGUUCCAAAAUUCCGCAUCCGUCUUUGAAAGAAGCAGUACAAUUCUAACAGCAAACCCUAUGGUCAUCAACAAGCUACACAAUGUUAUAUUCCAUUCGACAGCUGGCGCGUCUUUGUCGAAGACUCUGCACGCUCUGCUACUUUUGCCAGUGAAAGAUAUUCAGCCUCUCCUAUUCCAUUUGCUAGCAAUGCUGGGACCAAUGGACAGGCUGAAUAGGAUUUUGCCAGCUGCGAGCCAACCUGAACAAGAAGUGGCCGACACCUCAUCAGACGCCAACACGCCGACCCCAAGUGAGCUGGUGGAAAUGACAGAAACAUCUUGGCUUUGGCUCUUAGAUUCUGAGCGAGCUUGCAGUUUGCUGGUUGGGCGAUGCCUUGGUGGCAUGUUGGCAGGAGAGCCUCAACAGCUUGUUGAGGCUCACUGUAGCAAUUGGCUGCACCAUCCACUCUUCAGCUAUGGUCUUGAUGCAAACAUUAGCGCAAAUUCCGACAUCGUGGUGAACGGCUUAAAAAAUUGGCUCCUUGACGAGACCCAAGAGGAGCCAGCUGCGCUGCUGUCUCUCCUGCAGCCUCCUGAGCUGGUUUCCUGGCUGAAAAGCCUGCAGUCUGCCAGCAGUGGAGGCGUGUGUCCACUCUUGGUGAAUUUGAUGGAUGCUGCGGAGAGAUACGAUUGGGACACCUGGGAGGAGAAAGGAAAUUUGAAACUAAGAAUUUCUGCCCUCCUUGUGCUAGUCGCUGUGUUGAAGCACACUGGACUUCUCACUCAGAUCACAAACGGAAACUUAAGCUAUGAGGACAAUAGAGUGCUGGAAAUCUUCAAACUGACGUUUGGCUUGCGAAGAAGGUUGAUAAAUUUGAAAGCCAUGAAAGAACAAGUGAUGCAACAGGCAGAUACUGAAGACCCUGUGCCGAGCACAUCUUAUGAUGAAAAUGAACAGAGAAGACUGAGAAAUGAAGAAGAUGAGCCUGAAGAAGGAGACACUAGUGAUGAUGGCACGAGGCAUUUUUAUGCUGACGAUCAAAAUCGAGCUGAUGAACAAGAAACAGGCAAAUGCGUGAUCAAAAUGAACAUUUCCUAUGAGGACAUGAUAGAAGUAGUCAUUCGCCGAAGCAUCUUUUUGAUUGCUUGCGUUCAGGGACCUGAAACUGCGUGGGAACUACGCGCCUGCAAAAGCACUUGGAAAUCUGACAUUCUCUGUGGAUUCAGCUAUACAGAUAUGGAAGUCCAACUUCCUCAAGCAAUCAUCAGAUUCGUCUGCAACGAGCCUGCUAGUGAGACAAUAAAAGGACACCCUGUUUCUACCCUCUACGAUCAAUAUGGAAUGAUGUACCACAGAGGCUGGUGCACUGAACCUGUCAGCAUUGCCGAAGCAAUGUUCAAGCAGCAGCAAAGAGCUGAAUCUCGUCUAGAGGCUCUGCACCAGAUACUUGAACUCUUAGCACCACAUGACAGCAGUGCUCCUGAACAUUCUUUAGAAAGACUGGUAUCCAAUUUCAGUCCUGAUACUGACGGUAGAAAAGGAACAUACUUGAUUGGAUGUGUACACCAACAACUUCUCUCUGGAUAUUUUGGGCUUGGAAGCAAAAACCAAGUCGCUCAUUAUUUGGACGGCGUUCGCUCAGCCAGGAAACACGAGCAAAAUCUGAUUAAAAGAGCCAUUCAUUGGAUUCACACAUUGCUGGUUCACUCUUUAUCGAAUGGGCUCUUUGAAAUUGAAGUGCCAGAAGGACUAUGGCAACAAAUGCAACUGUUAACAGUCUUCGUUCUGAGUGGCAAGUUUGAGCCUCAGGACAUAACAUUGGCCGUGACAAACAGGCUGUUGCCAUUGCUGGCUGACAUGUGCGCUUGCUCUUUACAUCUCUUGUCAGCAACUCCAACAUUGUCAGCUCCACUGCAAGGAACGCCCACCCUGGCUCUGGCCAGUUUGAGGUUACUGCAAGUUCUUUCCAUCUCCACUGGCCUUUAUUCCAACAAAUUGCAAUUCAGUGUCGUGGAGAGUGUGGUUCAGUUGCUGCAUUCUCUGCUUGAAAAGCUGUUGAACCUGGCGUCAAGUACGAAAUUCCAGAUCGAGGAAAAGAUUGUGGGUAUCAGUAGUUCACAGAGAGCAGCAGAAAGAGCUCUUGGUGACUUUCUUGUGUUUGUGAGAAGAAUUGCUGGCUGCCAAGCGAUCUCGUCGCUCAUCGCUUCUCGACAGUGGACUGACACCCUUUUGGCUAUUUGCUCGCAGUGUUCAGAAACUGGACUGCCAAGAAUUUCGUGUCUGAGGCCAAGACUCUUGGCUCUAAAGUUGCUUGGUUCAGUUCUGCCUUGCAUGAACAUAAAAGACUAUGAUCCAAGAGAGCAGGUAAUUAAAGAAUUGAUGAGACAGCUGGCAGCGAGCAUGUGGUCCUUGCCGACUAAAGUGUCUGAAAUGGAGGCGAAACAGAAGAACGAAUCGCUUCAAAAGAAACUGAUCAAACUCAGCAGCCCAACAUCAGAUGAGUUGUGGCCCCCAGGCGACCGUUCAGAUGAAAAUAUUCCAGUUCACGAAGUUAGUUUUGAUGUCGACAAAUGUCAUUGCUGCACUGUUGAAUCUGGCAGAAUGCUUGUCCACGGCUCUGGAGGACGAGGUUAUGGAUUAGCCACUACAGCAAUAACUUCAGGCUGUUAUCAAUGGAAAUUCCUGAUUGUAAAGGAAAACAGAGGCAAUGAAGGAACUUGUGUAGGAGUAUCUCGCUACCCAAUCAAGGAUUACAACCACAGAACGACUACAGACAUGUGGCUGUAUAGAGCAUACAGUGGAAACUUGUACCACAACGGAGAACUUCCACUCAGCUUGCAAAGUUUCACGCAGGGAGAUUACAUCACUGCUGUCUUGGACAUGGACGCGAGGACCUUGAGUUUUGGCAAAAAUGGAGAAGAGCCGAGACUCGCUUUCGAAGACCUUGACUGCUCAGAGCUUUACCCAUGCAUUAUGUUUUACAGCAAUAGUCCCGGGGAGAAGGUGAAACUGACCGACAUGCAAGUGCGAGGCUGUCCAAGAGAUCUCCUGCCUGGGGAGCCGCAUUGCUCACCGUGGCCGUCAGCCUUGGCUGAAGCUCAAGUUUGUCUGAUUAGAACUCUCCACUCUUCAGCUACGUGGAAUGAAACUAUCAAUUAUGCUCUGAUCGAAAGACUUUCGGCCGCAAAGGAACUUCUUCCUGCUGUUGUAGAGCAGAAGAGACAUGACCUCAGAUACUCUCUGAGCGACUCUGCAGUCCACGCCAGAUUAGCGGAGGUUGAUGAUCAAACCGAGUGUGAUCUGGAGAAUAGAAUGAUUUUGGAACAACUCUGCAAGGAGGUCUGGCCUGCUCUUGCUGUGAUUGGAGGUGUUGACUCUGGUUUGCGAGUUGGCGGCUUAUGCGUUCACAGUCCAACUGGCAGAAAAGCAACGAUUUUAGGCACUCUCAAACAAGGACUGUCGACCGUCAAACUGCAGUGGGUGGACAAGGAGUCUGACAUCAGUGACGGAUCGUUCAACCAUCUUGCACCUUGCAACGCGGUUCCAUUCGACACAGCUCAGUUUGUUGGCCUCACUGCGGAUAUUAUCAAGCAAGUGACCAAACUCAGUGGCAUUACAGACGAGUUGAGCUUCCCGAACAUAAAGCAAGAAAUCGACACUUUCCAAGAAGAUAGCUCCAGUAACGACUUGCUCUCUGGAGAUUCUUGCGCAGAGGAGGUUUGCAGCAGGGCAUCAGUUGAUGCUUUGACAAACCAACUGGUCUCGAGCAUCAUGAAAGAAGUGACCAAAGGCGCUGCUGCGAUCAAAAAGGAAAAGGAGCAACGAGAGACAGAUGCGGACGAAAAGACUAAGGCUGCGAAUAGAGCUGCUGUUAGGUUACAGCUGGAGCAAGAGAAACUCGCGUUGCAAAUAGCGUAUAUCCAGUUUGCUUCUCUGAAAGCGCUGCGUGCGAUUUUGUGCAGUAGUAAUUACUCUGAAUUGCUUCUUUUCCAAAAUUCUGAUGAUAAAAAAGAUGAGGCAAAGGAAGGACUCCCUGAUUCAUCGUCUUUAAAGGAGGCAAUCCAAGAUGUGUUGAGGUGGUUGGUAAGAGCCAGCGUGAAAGCGUGUGGUCUGAAGCAUCUAGCCAGUGUUGGAGAUUUGGAGCGGGCGCAGUCAGUUUUGCAUUUCAGCAUGGUAAAAGCGUGUGCGGAAGAGGAACUGCAGAUCAAAGAAACGGAAGGACACAUUCGCAGCAUCCUAAAUCAACGAGAUAAUGGAUCUGCAAAAGAUGAGUGCACCACAGGAAAUCAGGAGACAUCUGGAGAGUCAUCGCCAAGCAUGUUGUCUGCGCGGACGCACAUGGUGAAGCGUCUUUACCGAAAACUCAUAAACUAUCCACCUUCGAUCCCUCCAUCGUCUCUGUCUGUUUCUUCAUUCCUGAUGAACAGCUUUUCAGAGACGUCUACUCCUCACAGCCCAGGCCAAGCCACCUCAUCUUCCGCCUCCAGCACGCCGCAGUCUGCUCCGCCCCCGAUAACUAAAUACAGGAUCAGAUCUCCUUCACCUCCCUCUUUGCCUGUCGCUGCGCCUUUGCUGGAGAUGGGAUUUUCGCUCAAGCACGUCCAAAAAGCUAUCCAUGCUACAGGAAGCGCUGGUGACAUGUCUGCAAGGACGAUCAAUCAGCUGGUGAUGUGGAUGAUAGAACAUCCCUGCAUUGACUCAAGCGAAUCACCUCCGUCAGAAGGUGCCUCUUCCUCCACAAUUCGAGGAUUCUACUCUUCAGAAGGAGCAGCCGCAGCCCCGGCAUCUGAGCCUAGACUCUUUGACGUUGAAAUUGCUGAUCCGUCAUCUGGAAUUUUCACCCCGUGGCUCUCUCGAAAUACAACAAGUCACACGCGAGAGCAAGACUCUGCUUUCUAUCUCAGAGGACUUGGUCCGCGGCGCAGGGCUUCCUCUGACAUUCGAAAUUACAUGUCAGAAAGAUCCAGCUCGCAGGAGCACGAGAGAGGCAGUAGUGGUGCCAGCAGUAGGGAAAGACCCUUUGGCCGAGGAUUGCAGAGUGGCGAAAGCAGGCCCAAAAGGAGAGUCAUUGGAGUGCCGCACUUCCUCUCGGACAUGGAUUCUGCUCUGACAAGACUCGACAGAUGGGACUCUGCUGCGUACGAGUCUGCCUUUGAAUCUGGCUACUACAUGGAUGUGGACCGAAAUUCCACCUGCGAUGUGUGCAGAGCGUCCUGUGAGCGUCUGGAGAGAAGAUUCGUUGACAAUGCUCCUGAAUCAGUUGCCCCUCUCCCUGUCUCUGUGAUCUACGUUUGCCCUGAUUGCAAAGAAAAUUUGCCUCACAGCACUGAGGCAGCUGGUUGUGACUAUUUGCACCGUAGAGCGUCGUCUCCAAUGCCAUUGUCAUCUAAGCUAGGCUCCGCAAGAUCUAGUCACCCAUCCGCUCUGGUAGCUCCUGACUUGGUCGGCCCUGUACCAUUCGAAACAAAAGCAGCAGCAGUAGGAGGUGCAUUGGAUGACAAUGUAAUCAAAGAAAGCAAGCCAGUCGACGUUGCGCCUUUCCUCAUCCCCCAUCUGAACUACGAUGAAAUCAUUUUGCACGAGCCUGACCCACUUGGCACCAACCAAGUUCCUAUUGUGACAUCAGAAGUGAAAGAAGGAUCCGGGACCAUUUUGGCUUCAAGUGAUGAUAGACCCUCAUUGGGAGAGCAAGCUUCCUGGCUGGCAAACUCAAAGGAGAGGCAAAUAGCCUUGCAACGCACGACAAAUGCUGCCCAGAUUUUGGUUGCUCGAUCUGUGGUCAUGUCUACCCUUUCACUACUCUCCUCAAGUGGCAACGCAUGUAGCCUUCCGGCCGGCCUGCAGUCUAUGGGUCUGAACGACAUUCGCCAACUUGUGCAUUUGAUGAGCCUUACUGCCAGUGGCAGAAUCGAGCUGCCCUCUGAUUACAGCGUGACGCUUGAAAGUAUCUCUCCGCCAAAGAACAACGCAUCUGGUGCCGCUACGUCCAAAACAAACCACUACCUUCAGCAUUUAAGUAAUGCUAUUUCGUGCCUGGCGGUCAGCAAUAGUGAGGCCGCCAACAUGGUUGUUAACAUCUGCACAAAAGAUCUCCUGGACAUUGCUGUUGGAAGGCGAAGUAGUUCAAAUCCACUUUCAUACGAAAUAUCCUCACAGACGUCAAAUUUUUCUGUGACUCAAGCCCUAGUCAAUCUGUUGACGACCAAGAAAAAGUCUUCGUUGUCAAGCACUAACAAAGGAGAUGAAACUCCCAAGGCGCUGAGCAGCCCAUCAGAUCCGCAAGUGCAAAACAUUCUGCAACUGGCAAAUGCUUUAUCAGCCUGCGUUCUAUCAGCGCAUUUGGAACCGGGAAACAAACAGUGGGCUUCAGAGCAACUGGUGAAAUGCAUUGCGAAUUCAGCCGAAGAGUUUCCCAUCCAUCAAAUAGAAACCAAAUCAAUGUCAGAUUUGCUGGGAGUUCUCCCAAACUGUCCUGUGUCUGAGUUGGAAGGCCACGGCAACAGAGUUAAUCUAGUUGUCUGGAAUGAAGACAGAAAGCUUAUCGCUUCAAGUGGCUUUGAUGGAACUGUUCGCAUUUGGAGCCCUGGAAGUUGCAAUCCUGGACAGAUUCAGAUGGAAGCCACUUACAUGUUUUGCAAAUCAGAAGGAGUUUAUGGAGACGAACUGCAAGGGGAAGUAAUCCAACCUCUAAUGUGGUCCUCCUCCGGCCAGUACAUCGCUGCAGCCAUGGGCAACACAUUGAAUAUUUGGCACAUUCCAGAUGACUGUCCCACAGGAAUCCAAUCAGUAUCUCAACAAAACUCCAUCAUUACGGCUUUUUCUUGGCCACAAACCCUAACUGUGGGAGAAAACCAUGAACUUCUUCUAGUUGGCCACACCGACGGCACUGUCAGUUGCGUCCGUGUCACAUCUUCUGGCCACAUCUCAUCUGAGGACCUGCCACAUUGCGCUCAGCCAAACUCUCGCACAACACAAAUUUCCUGGUUCUCUGAGGAGAAAGACUUCGCGAUUGCGUUCACUGACGGAACUAUUAAAUUCGGAAGACUCUCUUUGGACUCGUCCAUUCACUCUGUCAACGCCCACAGGGGAACUGUAACAAGCAUACGAUGGGAUCAACGAGGCAAGCUUUUGGCCUCGAGCGGUGCCGAUGGCCGGUGCUGCAUUUGGAGUCAUCAGCAGCGAACCUGGAACUGCGUGCAUGAACUAACGCUAGCACAGGAGCCAGCGUCAGUCGUUUGGUCGCCGUUGAUUGACCAGUCAAAAUUGGUCCUGUGUGUCGGCGGAGUGAACGGCACAGUCAGCGUCUGGCUGGUGCCUGACAACUUGGAGCAGGAGAACUGCAACUCGGUUCCAAAACUAGUCUUUGAACUUCUCGACAACUCCAAUUACGCAGUGACAGCUCUCUCCAUCAGCAAAGAUGGCUCCAUGCUUGCAACAGGGUGCCUCAGGGGUUUGAGCGGAGUAAUCAACAUUUGGUCUCUUCACGAUGGCAGUUUGCUCCACACGAACACUGGUCCUGGUGGUGUUCAGGGUUUGUGUUGGAUUGAAAGCGUUGCUUUGGCAGUCUGCUUUGCCAGAUCAAAGGACAUUCGUGUCCUGCACACAUCCCCUGAUUGGCUCGAGAGCGUGCGGCUGCUCUCCCGAGGCAGAACUGCCUUGGCGCUACACGGCCUUGGAGGACUUCACAAAGCUGCUGCAUUCAAAACUCUCCUUACCCACCUACAUCUGCUUCUGGCCAACCAGUACAAACACGAGCACAGAUUGGUUUCCACUGGCGAACAACUAACCUACAGCAGUCACCUCAGGAGCUUGGUGUCAUUGGCAAUGAUUCUCGAUCUAGACGCAAUCCUUUGUUACACGAAUGUUCCUGUAAAUCACGAAGAGUUUGGACAAGUUGUUCCAGAAUGGCAAUGGCUACAGACAUUUUCGGUUGUCGUGAAGACUGCAGAAGCUCUAAUCAAGAGAAGUUCCUUGCCCCAAAAGUUCAUUUCCAUCGUUAAACUACCACAAGGUGAAGGUGUCAAGCCCGAUCCUUUCAACCAGUCAUUUUGGAGUCUCCAGGCGGACCAAGAAAUCAUGUCAUGGGUGACUCAACAGCCAGGAGACUGGCAGAUCGGUGGAAACUGCCAAGCGUUUCUGUGGGGCAGCGGCAAACAUGGCCAGUUGGCUGAAGCAGGUCGCGUUUGCCUGUUUCCCGUGCUGACCAUGUCAUUCUCGAGCGCCCAGCAAAUUGUUUGCGGCCAAAACUGCACUUUCGUAAUCCAAGCAAACGGGUCUGUGCUGGCCUGCGGAGAAGGAAGCUACGGGAGACUGGGCCAGGGAAACGCUGAUGACCUCCACACGCUGAGCGUCAUUUCCACCCUUCAAGGAUUUGUCAUCACCGCCCUGGCCACGUCCGGCGGCUCGGAUGGGCACAGUUUGGCUCUUGCUGAAAGUGGAGAGGUCUUUUCUUGGGGAGAUGGUGACUACGGAAAACUCGGUCAUGGGAAUAGUGACCGGCAGAGGCGACCAAGACAGAUAGAAGCGCUUGUGCGUGAAGAAGUAGUUCAGCUGGCUUGUGGAUUCAAACACAGCGCAGUGGUUACUGCUGAUGGAAAACUGUUCACCUUUGGAAGUGGAGACUAUGGCCGACUUGGUCUCGGAUCGACUGCAAACAAAAAGCUGCCUGAACGUGUCACGAGCCUGAUCGGAUUUAAAGUUGGCUAUGUCGCGUGUGGAUUGAAUCACACAGCCUGCAUUUCAACUGACGGGCUGACUGUUUGGACCUUUGGCGACGGCGAAUUCGGCAAACUCGGCCUUGGCUGCCCAGGAUCAAAGAUGACACCUCAAAGAGUAGAAGCAUUGGGUGGAGUGUGCAUCAAGAAAGUGUGCUGCGGAGCCCAGUUUACAGUUUUCCUAGCCUCAGAUGGAAGAGUUUUUACAUGUGGCUUGGACAGGCUCAUUGGCCAGCCGGAAAAUCGAAUGCGAGGACACAAUCGACCGCAGCAGGUUUUGGCUUUGUCUGGAAUAUUCGUUGAGGACAUCGCGGCUGGUGCGGAGCAUACCUUGGUUUUGACAGCAACUGGAGAUGUGUGGGGCUGGGGAGUGAACAGUGAAGGCCAAAUUGGACUGGGGCACACCCUUCUCGUCAAGGAGCCGCAGCUUAUUUCCCAACUCAGCGGAAAGAAUAUUAAACAAGUGUCUGCCGGGCGCAAUCACAGUGCUGCGUGGACGACACCAAAGCCGCCCCGAAGGCAGCCUGGCACUUCCCCUCUGCAGUACUUGGCAAUGCCCAGUACUGUUCCUGCUCAAUAUCACAGACUGCAAAGCAUCCCGAUCCCAGCCAUCCAGGCGCGUUUGCAGCUGCUUUGGGGUUUCUCCUGUUUGCUGUAUUCCUGCUGGGAGCUCCUACCGCUCAUUCCUCAAAGGGAGAACGCGAAUUGCAACAUGCUGCAGGGCAUUGUCUGCGGCCCUCUGAGAAACCUGUUAGCUCCUGGCGUGUAUACACUGCCGCUCGUCAGGUGCAUUGGGCGCACAAUGAUCCAAGGCCGCAAUUUCGGACCGCAGGUUACAGUCAGGAGACUCGCAACCAGGGGAAAGAAGGCCAAGCCAAUAUUCUUGCAAGUCGCGCAGCAGGUGGUGACAAUGAAGUCUGCGGACUUGAGACUGCCAUCAAGGGCGUGGAAGGUUAAGUUGGUCGGCGAGGGCGCGGAUGACGCUGGAGGCGUUUUUGACGACACAAUUACGGAAAUGUGCCAAGAAUUGACGACAAAUGCAGUUCCCCUUCUUCUUGCCACGCCAAACUCCGUAAACGACACUGGAUAUAACCGCGACAAGUUCAUCCUGAAUCCUCAGUUGACCUCGCCUUUGCACCUAUCUUGGUUCAAAUUUCUUGGAAUCCUCUUUGGGGUCGCGAUCAGAACCAAGAAGCCUUUGGCUGUUCCUCUAGCGCCGAUUGUGUGGAAGCUGCUUGUUGGUGACUUUGUUACAAUUGAUGAUUUGGAGGAGGUUGAUGCACUUUACGCUCAAAGCCUGAGAGGCAUUCGCGACAUUCAUUUAUCUGGAGUCACUGAGGCCAAUUUCAGUGAGGUUAUUCCCUUGGAGUGUUUUGAAGGGAGCAGUUGGAGCGGAAAGCUUGUGCCGAUAGUGUCUGGGGGAAGGAGCAUUCCUUUGACUUUUGCGAGCAGAGCAGAGUAUGUGGAGAGAGCUAUUGAGUUCCGACUGAAAGAAAUGGACCUGCAAGCCGCGGCGAUUAGAGAGGGCAUGGCGGGCAUCAUUCCCGUGCCCUUGCUCACUCUGGUCACGGCGCAACACUUGGAACAGCUUGUUUGCGGCUUGCCUCACAUCUCCAUUCCUCUUUUGAAGAAAGUUGUUCGGUACAGGGAAGUUGAUGAAAGCUCUGAACUAGUGCAAUGGCUGUGGAAUAUUUUGGAAAACUUUUCUAAUGCAGAGAGGGUGUUGUUCAUGCGUUUUGUGUCUGGACGGUCUCGCUUACCCGCUAAUUUGGCAGAUCUUUCUCAGCGCUUUCAAGUUACGAAGGUUGAUCAUGCCACUGAUGGACUACCAACAGCACAAACUUGUUUUUUCCAGCUGCGCUUGCCUUCAUACAGUAGCCAGGAAAUCAUGGCUGAGCGGCUCAGAUACGCGAUUAACCAUUGCCGUUCGAUCGACAUGGACAAUUACAUGUUGGCCAGAAAUGCUGAUCAUGGCCAUUCCGACGAAGAGUACUAGAAAAGUUUUUUUAUUUGUGGUGAUGGAUGUUUUUUGUGUUUAACCAACUAGUCUUUUCUUUCGCUUGAAAAGUGUUGUAUGCUUAUUAAAGUUUAUGUUACAAUGAG